AUGACUCCGCCAACUACCCAAAAGACAACUCGAAAACGUAAACGAGCCAGCACCCAGACUGGUGAUGGUUUACCUGUCGUCAUUCUUCCGCCCCCGAUAUUACCUUAUCCACCACCGCCAUCCCACACACUGCCAACACCCCCUUCACCAGCAGCAUCAGCAGCAGCAGCAGCAGCAGCAGCAGGCACAAACCUAGCUCAACUUCAUUCUCACAACCAGUCGUUGCAGCCAAUGGCGGUCUAUUGCUUGCCAUAUUCUCCGCACCAAGACCCCACAAUCUUUCCAUUUAUUCCUUCUCCUCCACUGGAUGGCUGUCCUGGAAAUCCCCAAGACAAUUCAGGGCCAUCGGGGGCUGAGCAAAGAGAACAGGCCCGUAAAGUGUCCCACAGUGCUAUCGAACGAAGACGACGAGAGCGCAUAAAUGACAAGAUGAGUCACCUCAAGCAGCUGAUUCCUGCCUGUGCUGACCAAGACGGUCUACACAAAAUGAGUAUCCUGCAGAGUGCGAUUGACUACAUACACCACCUAGAGACUCUAGUGGUCCAGAUGGGAGGCAAAGAGAAGCUGGCCGAUUGUACUCUGCCUAAGCACAAAACACCACAGUCUAUGGUCCCAAAAGAAGUGGUCCCUUUUAUUCACCAAUUCAAUUCAAACCCUCCAAAAUCUAGUCUCAAACCCAUUGAUCUCCUUUGCAAAACAUCCCCACGUAUCGAUCAACAACCCAUACCCAUGCGACUAGAACAUCUCCUCAGUUAA